AUUAUUUUAAUUUAAUGUCAGUGGGAAAUUGAGUGACAAGCUUGAAAAUUAUAUUACUAUAAAGAAAAUUAAUAAUGUUUGUGCGAUUUCAAAUUUUUGUGUCAGUGAUGUGUUUAUUGUAUCAACAUGCAGAAUGCAUAAAACAAAAAAAGGAUGAUGCAAAAAUUAACAUGAAUUUAAAAAUGUCAAGUAUUGAACAAAGAGGAGGGAGAUCUGUUCGUUCUCUCUUAAAUUUAAAAAAUGAAGAUGCAUCAGUGCAUGUGAAAAGAGUAGCGGAAUAUUUUGAAACUGGUGGACCUAUGAGAGAAGUAAAACUUAGAGAACCUUGUGAACUAGUAAAAUGUGAUCAAUGCUCAUCAAAUUUAUGUAAAUCACGAGAAUCAAAUAAUCCACCAUCAGUUGAACCAAAAGAUAAUAUUGUAGGUGCUACAAUGGAAAAUUCUUGGUGCCCUGCUGAGAUGCUUGGAAUUAAAAAUAAUCAUACCCCUAAAAAUGAAAUUGUAGGAAGUCCACGUCAAUCUUUAAAUUCAAAUAUAUGUCCAAAACAAGUAAUAACUCAACCAAAUAUCAAAGAACGAAAGAAUUUCAAAGAACCGACUUUAAAUGUUGAAACUACAUUACCAAUAACAUACUACAAAAUUGAUCAACCACUUCAAUUAAAUCCAAGAUCAUUCCCUAUAAAUAACCAAGAUUUAUUUCAUCAACCACUAGGAAUGAGACAAAUCGCACUUCCAACACAAGAAAUUGGUUUAACUACUUCGCCUCAAUUAUCGAUACCACAAGAAAGAACUUUAUUCAAUAUCAAUUAUCCUCAAAGCAGUUUUACAAUGCCAAUAAAGCCUCAACUUUUUUCAACAAGACCUCUUUUGGACCAUUAUAAAAAACCAUUAUUAGGAUUAUUCACACCUAAACUACCUUUUAAUUUAUUUCACAAAAAGUCAACUCCAUGUCCAUCUCAAAUUUUUAUUGAAGUACCUCAAAGAUUGGCAAUAGAUAAUUUAGAUUCAUCUCCUACACCGGAAUUAAAUCAAUUGGCUAAAUUAGCGACACCUCAACAAUUCAAUGUUGUUACACCACAGACGGGAAUUAAUUAUUUAACAAAUGACUUAAAUUCGCAAAUGAAUUAUCCUCAGUCACACAUGAAUUUUGAUACGCCUAUAAUAUUACCUAGAAAGAAAUUGAUACCUUCAUUAAAUAUGGGUUUAAACCCUUAUAAUUUUGAUCUAGUAUCACCAUUAAAAGAUUUAACUUCAUAUUCAAUUGAUGUAACUGCACCUCCAUUACAACUACCGUGGUUAUAUCAGUAACCUAUUCGUCCUUUAACAAUCUUAAGCAUCUCACAAAGUAAAAUCUCAUAAUUUUUUUCAAAAAAAUUCACCUUAUAGUGAAACAAACAUGGAAUUUUGAUGAAAUUAAAUCCACAAACCAUUCAAGAAUAUAAUGAAACACUUGGAUAUAUAAAAAAGAAUGUAGAAAACGUUAAAAAAAUUUUUAAUUAAAAAUCAUUGGAAAAAUUUAACAACAACAACAAAAAAUAGUUUU